AUGAACACGGCCAUCCUACAGGGCUCAAUUAUGGCCACAUCCCAUGGCAUCACUCGGCUGAACCGGCAUCGUCAAACUCGUGGAUACCACAUAAACUCAUAUGACAAACUCGGAUUUCGGCUGAGAAAAAGGUGCAACUUGUUAAACGACCAUGCGGAUGCCGCCUAUAAUGAGGAGGAUCCGCCGCUGUUACAGAACUGUACUCAUCCGGCCGAAAUUGGGACCACGCCAAGGGGGAUUUCCGUUGACAGCGCCAAAUCAAAGGAAUUCCUGCGAGUGAACGUUGGUGGACAGCGGUUUAUGCUGAAAAAGGAAACGAUAUCUGCCAGGAAAGUUGGACGAUUAGUGUGGCUUCUGGAUUUGAACACCACCACGGAACGUCUUUCACUCGCUGAUGCCUACUUUUCCUCGACGAAUGAGUACUAUUUCGAACGACCUCCAGCAUUAUUUCAUAUAGUAUAUCAAUUCUACUUAACUGGUCAAAUCCAUCAACCCUCUCAUCUCUGCCCGAAUGACAUCCUCGACGAAUUAGACUACUGGGGCAUCGUUCCGGAUAACUACCUCGCUCCGUGCUGCUGUGCAGAUGACAAGAAUGAUCUUGAUUCACUGUCUUCGUUUUCGUCUGAAGAGUCACCAAACCUUUUCAAGCACCUACCGCUGGGAGAGUUGCGGAAAACCAUCUGGAAUAUUAUUGAGGAGCCCACGAGCUCCGGCUUUGCACAGGUUUUUGCCACAUUAUCCGUCCUAUUCGUGUUGAUAUCGAUUUCGGGGCUCGUGCUCGGCUCACUUCCAGAAUUACAAGUUCCAGUGCAAAAGAAUACCUCCCAAGGAGUGAUAACUGAUAUGGAGCCGCAUCCUGUUCUUGGUUAUAUUGAAUACGUAUGUAUUGUUUGGUUUAUUUUGGAGUACGGUACGAAGAUGUUAGUUUCUUCGGAUCGUCGAAAAACAUUCUUUCAACUAUUGAAUAUUAUCGAUUUAAUGGCCAUCGUACCUUUUGUUAUCGAAAUGAUGCUGUUUAUGUUGGGCGUCAGUACGGAGCAACUAAGAGAUCUUAAAGGAGCGUUUCUGGUCAUUCGAAUACUUCGGGUGUUGCGGGUGAUCCGGGUGUUGAAACUCGGACGUUAUAGUAGUGGCUUGCAAAUGUUUGGAAAAACGCUCAAGGCAUCGUUCCGACAACUGGGAAUGAUGGCAAUGGUUGUACUAACGGGUGUGAUCUUCUUCUCGACAUUAGUCUACUUUUUAGAAAAAGAUGAGCCCGGCUCACAAUUCUACUCAAUACCAGCGGCAUGUUGGUGGUGUAUUGUCACAAUGACGACAGUUGGCUAUGGAGAUCUUACACCAACUACCGUCCCGGGUAAGCUCGUCGCAACGGGCGCCAUCGCAUGUGGAGUUCUCGUGCUUGCUCUACCCAUUACGAUCAUCGUGGACAACUUCAUGAAAGUCGCCGAGGGGGAGCGUGGACAUGCGGCCAGCGGAGUCGCUCGACGGUUUGGACAACGACAAUACGAACAGUCCCAAACCCCUGAGCUGAACAAUCUGACGAGGACGACAAGCAUGAAGAAACCGAAUACAGAGGACACAAUAUGCUAG